CCUCGUUGAUUUGUUCUACCAUGCUACCAGCUGUAUGGGGCGCCUGUCGAUCAGUCAACCGCUAGUCACCCGCGCGCGCGGAGUUCUUUGGUUGCGUUGUUGCGGCGUCGUUGCUCGCUUUUAACAGAAAAGGCGAAUCGAGCAAAGUUUUCUUUAUUUUUGCAAUUGGCGCAGUGUAAGUGAAGGUGCCAUGUGAUAAAUGAAUCUAAAACAGAGUGUUUGUCACAAUAAGCCGGUUGUUAAGUGGGACAGAUACUGCUGCUUAAGCACUGUAUAUAAUUGGCAACAAAAUGAAUUCCAGCAAAGAGGCAAAGAGUGUCGCAAAGGGACAGAAAAAGCUACAAAAGAUAAACAAUAAAAAGCAAAAGCAGCAACAGCAACAACACCAACAACAACAACAACAGCAGAAACAACAACAACAACAAACUAUUAAUGGAAUAGCUAAAACUGCAGUGAAUGCAAAAAUAAAAACAGACGAAGCGAAGCCAAGCAAUCGCAAUAACAAUAAUAAUAUUAUAAACAAUAUUAAUAAUAACAACAAUAAUAUUAAUAAUAAUAGCAGUAUGGUACAGAAUAACAACAACACAGCAACAACAACAUUACCGACAACAACACCUACAAACAUCACACAGAAAUUUAGGGAGCAUUACGAGUCGGAGAGGAGAGCACAACAACAAUUACACUCAACGUUACCUGCCAAUGAAAAUCUUCCCAAGAUGGAGCGUUCAAACAGCAUACGUGGCAAAUUGUCGCGUUUUAUUAACCACAUUACGGGCAGCAAGGAGAAUCUGGCCAGAAGCGAUGAGCUAAGGGAUGAAACCGGCAACGGGAAGACUCCAUUUACAUUUACACGAAGUAGAUCCAUGAUCUUGUUGCGACGCCCGAAUCGAAGGAGUUUCAUUGAGCCGCAGUUGGAACAGCUGUCGGAGGAGGCGGAGAAAUCCGGGGAUCCUUUGUCGCCCACAUCGCCACGUAAGAAUUCCUUGGCGGACAGUGGAACAGCGGAUGGUUGCUCUCCAAUCUUGCGAAGAAGAGCGGAUACCGCGAGCUCAAUAAAGACGCCAGUACGUCGUCAGUCGGCGCAUCCUUCGACUUCCACACCGGUCGAAGAAUCCGAGUCACCGAUGAUACGAAAGCCAUCGUUGGUGUCACUUACACCCAGCGAGGUUGGCUACAAUCCGCAGUUGAACUUUCAAAAGCGACGAUCGAGCACAUUGAUUGCAUCGUUCAAGAGCACGUUCAGUGGACUGACCGGAAGUGGAUCAGUCAGUGGCAAUAGUGGCAGCACCACCAAUAGCAGCGAUAAGAAAAAGGACAAGAUGAAUCCCAAGUGGAGUGCAUCCUUGCAGUCGUUGCAGGCCAUCGACAAUAUGGUUAGUUAUGCCAACAUGUCGUUCAUCGACUACGACAAAUUCAAUGGCUAUGAGAAGCAAUUGGAACGUCAACACUCAAUGAUGAGUCUCGCCGAGCAACAGACGCCUCCCAUGCCCAAAUUGCCACUGCCAUCGACUGCCUCUCCGCUUCCACAUUUACAAUCUCCGCAUACGCCCACCUCCGUUUGUUCCACACAGGAGAGCACACCAAAGACAGUUGUGAUGCGUCGCAAAAGGAGUACCAACUCCUUGGCACAUCGCCAGAUCUCCUCCUCGUCUCGCAACAGCAGCCUGAGCAUCUACAACUUGGACACCGACUACGAGCACAAUCUGGACAAGGUGCAGAAUGUCUAUCGCGAAAGUCUUGACUCCCGCACUCUUGAACUUCUCAAUCAAUGCUCCCGCAAUUCCUACAUCCAAGAUCAGCCCAUGCUCUUUGACGCCCUCAACUUGGAGGACGGCUCGGCGAGUCGCAGAUGUGCUCUGUGUGCCCAACGUGUCACCCGAGCCAACAGCCUGAAACGCAGCCCCCAGGACACCGUGGAUGGUUGUGGGAAACCUCAGAAACAGCUGAAAUCAAAAAGUCUCACCCACUUGGAUGGCCUCGACACGGUGGUGCCCUGCCAUCACGAAGCUGCCGCACCCACGGCGACCGCCCCCGGGACUCUGUUACCGCCAGGAACGUCAGCGCCCAUUGAAUCCAAUGUCCCGAGUGGAGAGAAAACGACAUCAAGUUCGGAAUACUUUUCGGUAUCCUUUUGCUUGGAAGCUCCACAGUGUCCCAAUGAGGAAUUCAUACCCGCAAUUAAGGGCAGAACUCUGCUCCAUGCACUUAGGCAGGCAUUGGACAGACGGAACCUUAGCUUCUCUCAGAUUGCAAUUACCGACAGUAAUCCCAGCUUCAGUCAUUUGGAUGCAGGUGCUGCGACAAGAAUUCUGGACGAGCACACGGAUGUGGAGAACUUGGCUGGACAUCAUCUGGUUGUCACCGAAAAAGAUAACAGUCGGAAAACUUUACAGAAAGCAGCAUCAUUUGGCUCUCGACAACGACCACCUCGACUUCUGUCCUCCGCAUCGACAGAGGAGACAAGUGAAUCGACUGGCAAACAGAUUAAGCAGCGUUGGUCUUCCAUAUUUGGUAUCAAAAAUCCACAACAGAGUCAACUUUAUGAGCUGCUCAACCACUUUGCCAAGAAUGGUGUGCCCCAGCGUCCAGAUGCUUUGGGUUUUGAUCAUCCAACGCUUUCCGAUUCGCUGGACUAUUUGCAGAAUAUGGACAAGACAUGGCGGGAUUUCGUUGACAGCAAUUCGAUGAGUGAUAGCGAGAUUAAGAUACAAACUGCCAUCUGGGAGCUAGUCACAACUGAAGUUUAUUACAUUCAUGCGCUGCAAACGGUCACAGACCUAUUUCUUGCCUGCUUGGAGGCUGUACAAGAGGAACGCCUGCUGAUUGAGGUCGAUCAGCACAGGCUGUUCUCCAAUAUACGUUCGGUUUGCGAGGCAAAUAUUAAGUUUUGGACUCUCUGGCUCUACCCAAUGGUUGCUCACAGUGUGAAGACCCAUGAGCCACUGAGAUGUGCCUUCUUUCAGGAUGGUUUUAUUACAUUCGCCUCCACUUUUGCGCCCUAUAAGGUCUACUGUGCGGAACAAAGUACUUGUCAGUUUUACUGCAAAGAGCUUAAUCAAAAUAAUGCUUUAUUCACCGCUUACCUGGCUUGGUGUGAGUCCCAAAAAAUGUGCAAUCGCUUGCGUCUGGCCGACAUCGUUGUGCGUCCCAUGCAGCGUUUGACCAAGUAUAGUCUUCUGCUUGCGGCGAUUAGAAAGCAAAUGGAUGAUGUGGAGGAGAUCGAAGUGAUGGAUAUAAUGAUACACAGUGUGGAGAACUUUGUUGGCAGCGUCAACAAUCAUUUGACAAUGCGGCAGGAGAGUGAACGCCUCAAGGGUGUCAUGGCUCGCAUCGAGUCCUACGAGGUGGUGGACACCAACAACGAGGUACUGGAGAAGCUUAUCAAGCAGCAUAGUCAAAUGUUUGAUCUGUGUGCUCCCAUGAAGGGAUGUCCAGCUUAUCAGGUGCGUCACUUGUUCAUGGAGGGAGAUCACAAAUUCAAAGACAACGUCAGCAAAAGCGAUGUGCACUGUUUUUUGUUGACCGAUAUAUUGCUUGUGUGCAAAACGAUUGCCCGAAAAGGAUUGGGAGCAUUGAAGGUUAUUCGACAGCCGUACUUAACCGAUCAUUUGAUCGUGCAUCUGGCACCGAAUAAUACACUCAAUUGUGUCUAUCUAAAUGAGUUCCAUGUGGCGACGACAGCAUUCACUCUGCAGUGCACCGAGGCUAAGAACUGGUAUGAUGCUUUGUGGCGUGCCAAGACCAUCUAUCAAAGACUGAAGCGAGGCAUAAGCGGCAACGGGGCAGACAGCUUUCGUUUUGGAGGAAGCGGCGCCAGUGGCGCUACUGGCGAUUCCCUGGGCGUCCGAAAGUCACCGAUUAACUCAUCCAUGUGUAGUCACGUAUCCAGUGCAAACAACAGUCACAGUGGCAGCGUCGAAUGGAAUGAUUCACGUAAUAUAUCUGUGGAUUUCGAAAAGACAAACUCACUGUCCAGCGACGAGGGGUUCAGCCUAAUGGCUAACCAUGGCCUGCCGACGAAAGGCAAACAACAUUUGCUAGCUGGCUUGCCGAAGCCAAAGAUUGGCGCGAUUUCCUCCACGUCAGCGAAUACGCUUUCUGUGCAGCCCGUCAACCACCUGGGUCAAAGUUUGCCCAACCUGAGCAUGCCACAUAGUCAGACAGUGCCUCUGCGACGUGGCAUGGCCUUUUCCACGUCCACGAAGAACCCACCCCUGCUGAAGACGCGCAAUAUAACUUCUCAGAACAGUAUUAAUUGGCAUCAGAUACCCGCCACGCCCACACCGCCUAGUCCGCGAUCGCACCACAAUUCGCCCAGCAAUAUUGGGACGGUUAACAUGCAAGGCUCAAUGCCAGCUCUAAUGGCAAAUGAAAGUCAAUUGGCUUCGGGUGGCCCGCCGCUGCUCCAGAAGCAGAUAUCCCAUCAGACGCCCUUGCAAUCGUCCCAACAAGGUCUCCAGCGACAUCCAAGCAAUGAAACAGAUGUUUAAUUAAUUAAUUAAAAAUAUAAUACAACGCAAAUGCAAUGAAAGAUAAAAGCUUUAGCUAACAAAAGUAACACAAAAGAGAACAGUACACAUUUGGGUCCAAAUAAGAUACAAAUAUAUAACUUACAUUCCAACAAUGUGCUCCCCAUUCCCAUUGUCUAUCCAAGUCUACAAAAGUCUACACACAUAUCUAGAAGUCUACAUACAUAAAAGCUACAUAUACACACUUAUAUAAAUUUAAUAAAAAUUAAACGAAAGGUACUCUUCCAAUAAUGAUAAAGAAAAAGACAAUUUAUAACCAUAAUUAACAACAAACAAUUUUAAAUCUAUGAACAAAUAUGCCAUUACAAACACAACAUACAUUUAUAAUAUGUUAUAACUAUGUAUAUAGUACAUAUAUUAUAUAUGAUAAGACCAGCGUUAUUUAUAUCAUGAUUAUUAUUUUUAUGUCUGUCAAUAAGUCCGUCUGAAAACUUAUUUAGCAUGCAGCCAUAUCAGCCUAUUAUUUAGAUACUUAUAGCUGCCAUUGAAAAUUUAAAUGCAGAUUUCGCUGUUGGGCAGUUUUAAUUAUUUUUAGUGCUACAAACUAUUUUUUAGACAGCUCGACUUACUUUAACGAAAUUAGAGCUGCCAUAGAAUAGUUUCUGCUGUUCAAAAUGCACAAUAAGAUACAGCUUUUAUUUAGAAGGAUUAUAAUAAAGUUAUAAACUGAAUAUAUAUAUUCUUGUUUGGCAACAGAACCCUAUUAGGAGGUAGUGUAAGUAGGGAUUUAGUGUAGACUUAGACAGAGGAGAUCUUCCAUUGAAGCACUCUAGUUUUCAAACAAUUGAAGACAUAAUAAGUCUCUCAUAAAUUUAUGUACUUAAGCAUGCUUUAACAAAAACCAAUUAAAAUCCUUGUCUUUUAACAUGAGUCUUUAUCCUGCAAAGUUAUCGAUUGUAGAUAUUGAUAGAUUCAGUUUUUAUUCUUUGAUAGUAUGAGAUUUUUCAUUGAUUAAUACUAAUAGUUUGCAAAACUAGUAAUAAUGAAUAGUGUUGACUAUAACCAUUUAUCAAAUUUGUCGAUAGCUUUGCAGAAAAAGUAAGAGUUAAUAAAUUUCAAAUGACAAAGGAAGCGUUAAUACUUAAUUUGAUCGACAUGCAAUUCAUGCUUCCGCUUAAAUAUCCACUUUCAUAAAUUUAUUUUAAUUUCGGACAUUAAAAUUAUUUCAAAUAUGUGAUAGCUUAAAUAAGUUGGCUAUAAGCAAGUCUAAUAGUAAUAAAAAAAAAAAAGGCGAAAGGUACAACAGCUUAUAAGAUUUCAAUAUUUAUGUUGAUAAUACGUAUAAAUGAAAUUAUUUCUUGUAUAUGCUUAAAAGAAAAUAGUUGAUUACAAUAGAACAUACUUAUAUAGUGCCUAAGGAAUGAUUAACGUUCUUCCUGCCAUUUAAAUUAUCCAAAAUACGUGGUUAUUUUAUUCAGGCAUAUUAAAUCAUACUUACCUGUCAUAUUAAAUAUUAUAAAUGAAAAACGAUCCAAUAACGCAACAAUAAGAUUGCUGUCUAGUGUAGACUCUAAUAAGAAAUAUAUUAAAUUGAGCACACUAUUUUGAUCUAUCCAGUGAAGGAAAUUUAAUAUUGUAAAGUAAAAUUGUAUUAGUUGUUUCUUGUAUAUUUAGUUUUAUACAUUUAAAACAAAAAAGAUGGCGUGACAUAUGUUCUUAAUUAAUCAUAAGCUACACACAUAAUCGUUAUUAUUGAUAGCAUACAAAUGUAAUGAAAAAUAAGUACAGAAGUAAAUAAGUAUAUUACGUUGUAGCCAUGAACAGUUAAAUUGUAUUUACAAUGAAAGCAUAUUUUAAAUACUUACACAUAUUCUGGAUAAAUAUAGCUACUCCCACAGUAUUAUUAAGCGUGCAAUUGAGAAUGUAUUUUAAAUAUACAGACAUAUACAUAUAUUUCCAAGAUUAACCAUAGCGUCAUAUUUACACAAAAAAAAAAUAACACUCAAUGGAGAUUUUAAACGGAAGAGAAGGUCGCAUUUCGUAUUUGGCAUUUUUAAACACUGCUCGACACGAAUCACAGGCUUAAAAAAUGCACGAUAAAUACUAUUAACACACGACACGCACGACAAUAUAAAGAAAGUCAUCUUCCUAAUUGUAUACUUUUGAUCGAUCCGAUGGCUUAAAAAAUAAAAUGCAAUUUGUAUAAAAAAUAUAUUAGAUACUACAUAAUUUUUUUUUUUCAUUCUCUAUAUAUUUAUCGAGAUUCUGUAAGAUUUCACAUUUCGCACAAUUUUUAACAUUAUAUCUCUGACAUUAGCUGAUACUAAAGCAUUAUAGUAGUAAAUCUAAAAGAAUACGAACCACAUGAUAAGGCUGGAGGCACUUAUAAUGUGAUAUAAGGAUUAAGGACUCAAAAUUGAUUUGAAAAUUGUUAUUUGAGUCGUGCGUGUUCGUGUCACGUUCCCAUCCCAAGUCAAGACGCAAUCUUCUUACUUGCAUGCAUGUGUAUCUACUGUAAUGAAGUACAAUAAUUAAUACUUAGUAAUAAACGUAAUACAAAAA